GCAGUGCAGCCCGCGGACUCCCAAUGACCUACUGUCUUGUUGGACGGUUUGCUUUGGGCGGAAGCGGCUGUGACGCCUAAGAGGAGAAACAUGGGGGUGAAGCUUGAGGUGUUUCGGAUGACCAUCUACCUCACCUUCCCUGUGGCUAUGUUCUGGAUUGCCAAUCAGGCCGAGUGGUUUGAGGACUAUGUCAUACAGCGCAAGAGGGAGCUGUGGCCCCCUGAGAAGGAGGACCAGGGCAUCUUCCCAACCCAAGGAUUGAACCCUGGUCUCUCACAUUGCAGACGGAUUCUUUACCAGCUGAGCCACAAGGGAAGCCCAAGAAUACUGGACGCCGAGAGCUAGAAGAAUUCAAAGAGAGGAUACGGAAGCAGCGGGAGGAGAAACUCCUUCGUGCUGCCCAGCAGAGCCCCUGAGGCCUCCAUGUGCCGGAAUUCCAGCCCUCCCCACAGAAUAACACACACACACGGUU